UCGAGGCGGUGGGAAUGUACUGUAGCUCUGGCUGAGAAGAGCGAAGGUUGUCCGGCCACAUUUGCAGCGUUUCCUCGCGUCCGAGUGAUCCAGAAUCCACCGCGUCCUUCCCGGCGCGCUGCCCCGCGUCUGGAGCGUCACAUAGCGGCUGCGUGAGGACCGAACACGGGGCUGAACUGGAGCUCCACUGCGGUGUUAUAGUUACUCAUGUAACGAGGAUGUCCAAUGGUAAGUAAGUACUCUUCGGAGCUUUUUUCCCGCGGCUGUGCUGUGCUGGAGCUCUGCACAAUGUUCAUAUUGUUGCGGAAUGUAUCCGGGCUGGACUGAAACGCAGUAAACGGAUCCAGCAGUCGGGAAUAAAUGUCAACAGCUGACUUGUAGCCUACUACAGUGUUUUGCUGUGACGAAUGCGGCGUUCAGGAGCCUGAACUGUUCUGCAGGACUGUACAGACACUCAGUAUUGGACCUUACGCAGACACAAUUCAUUUACGCAUUUAAUAACCGCUAUUAAAAGGGCAGAUUGGAGGCUGCAAACUGCGUUUUGGCGCACCAGUUCUUCUCCCCCAGUGACCUGUUUGAGUCUAAACACAAUGACGUUUCUACUGAGGGAGACAGGCCCAGUAUGUAGACCCAGUUAUCACUUGGCUGCACAUCCCUCCCUGCCUGCCAUAUCAGGAGAUCCAGUGCCAGGAUUCAAGUUGCCCGGCGGAAUGUUUUACUCCUGUAAUAAGUUGUCAGUGGUGUGUGUCGAGCUGCACUUUCUCCUGCAGCCCACAGACUCGCAGCUGACUCCAAAGCGACCCAGUGGAUGACAGGUGGUCUACAGAGGCUCUUGGGGGUGUUCAGGGCUGACACACUGUUUCUACAAAGAAGGACGAGUCAAACACAGACACACCUCUGAUGCCUCGGGCCACUCUGAGCUCAUGGUGUGUGCUCGCUGGGAUCAACUAGUGGCCCGGCCAAAGAGCACCGUGUUACUACACACAGACGAGCCCACACAGGAUGUCGUGGGCCAGAGGCCUCUUCGUAGGCAGAGUGGAUGAUCGAAAGACAGCAUGGGGAGAACGCAACGGCAAAAAGAGGAAGGACAGCUCGUCACUGUGCAACCCCCACUACAUGAGCUGCCUGAGGGACCCUGAGGACCUGGAGCUCCCCAAUGCGCCCCCCCAGCAUUACCACUGUGGAGCCGGCACCAGCGGCGGGGGCAACUUCGGCCUGCGCUGCGGCUGGCAGGAGGACCACUACGGCAAGAGGAUGGUGGGCACAGAUCUGGGUCUCAAGGCCGUGGACCUGGGCUUUGAAGACGGGGAGCUGAAGGGCAGGAAGGGGGAGGAGUCAGGGGAGGUAGCGGAGGGGGGCUGCAAGGCCAUGAGCGCCGCAGACUGCUGGAUGCGGGUGGCGUGGGUUUUCCAAUCUAAGAAGUUCCAGUCGGCCAAACUGGAGCGUCUUUACCAGCGGUACUUCUUCAGACUGAACCAGAGCUCCCUCACCAUGCUCAUGGGGGUGCUGGUGAUCGUUUGCGGGGUCAUGCUGAUCUUCCAUUGCAUCAACAGGACCCCCAACGUGGCCUACGUCUCCGUUCUCUCCGUUGCCAUGGCUCUCUUCCUCGCCAUGAUGGUGGUGUGCAACCGCAACGGCUUCCACCAGGACUACAUGUGGAUUGUGAGCUACCUGGUGAUCGGGGUGCUGGUUGUGGUGCAGGUUUUUGGGGUGCUGAUGGUGCACCCCCGCAGUGCCUCGGAGGGCGUCUGGUGGACGGUCUUCUUCAUCUACAUCAUCUACACACUGCUGCCAGUCAGGAUGAGAGCGGCGGUGGUCAGUGGAGUCGUGCUCUCCACCAUCCACCUGGUGACGGCCUGGCAGCGCCACCAGGACCCAAAGUUCAUCUUCAGACAGAUCAGUGCCAACGUGCUGAUCUUCCUGUGCACUAACAUGAUCGGGAUCUGUACCCACUACCCUGCUGAGGUCUCCCAGAGACAAGCCUUCCAGGAGACCAGAGGAUACAUCCAGGCCAGACUGCACCUGCAGAGGGAGAACCAGCAGCAGGAGCGCCUACUGCUGUCAGUGCUGCCAAGGCACGUUGCCAUGGAGAUGAAGGCUGAUAUCAAUGCCAAGAAGGAAGAUAUGAUGUUCCACAAGAUCUACAUCCAAAAACACGACAAUGUUAGCAUCCUGUUUGCAGACAUCGAGGGCUUCACCAGUCUGGCGUCCCAGUGCACGGCCCAGGAGCUCGUCAUGACGCUCAACGAGCUGUUCGCCCGCUUUGACAAGUUGGCGUCGGAGAACCACUGCCUGCGUAUUAAGAUCCUCGGGGACUGUUACUACUGUGUGUCGGGGCUGCCGGAGCCGCGGGCCGACCACGCCCACUGCUGCGUGGAGAUGGGAGUGGACAUGAUUGAGGCCAUCUCGCUGGUGAGAGAGGUGACGGGUGUUAAUGUGAACAUGCGGGUGGGCAUCCACAGCGGGCGUGUCCACUGUGGGGUGCUCGGCCUGCGCAAGUGGCAGUUUGACGUCUGGUCCAACGACGUGACGCUGGCCAAUCAGAUGGAGGCUGGAGGCAAGGCCGGGCGGAUCCACAUCACCAAAGCCACCCUCCAGUACCUGAACGGGGACUACGAGGUGGAGCCCGGCUUCGGAGGAGAGAGGAACGCUUACGUGAAGCAGAAUAACAUUGAAACCUUCUUGGUGCUGGGCUGCAGCCAGAAGAGGAAAGAGGAGAAAGCCCUGAUGGCCAAGAUGCAACGAGCACGUGCUAACUCUGCCGAGGGCCUGAUGCCACGCUGGGUCCCUGACAGAUCCUUCUCCAGGACCAAGGAGUCCAAAGUCUUCAGGCAGAUGGGUAUCGACGAAGCUUCCAGCAAAGACAACCGCUGUGCCCAGGAGGCCCUGAACCCCGAGGACGAAGUGGACGAGUUUCUCGGUCGGGCCAUCGACGCACGCAGCAUCGACCAGCUGAGGAAGGACCACGUCAAGAAGUUCCUGCUCACCUUCCAGACCGCCGACCUCGAGAAAAAGUACUCCAAAAAGGUCGAUGAUCGUUUUGGGGGAUAUGUGGCCUGCACACUCCUCGUUUUCUGCUGCAUCUGUUUCAUUCAGAUUAUCAUUUUCCCAAAAACAACACUUAUGCUCGGUCUUUACAUCAGCGUCUUCAUCAUCCUGGCCAACAUCCUCUUCAUCUGUGCCAUCUACUCAUGCAUCAAACUCUUCCCAGCUGCGCUGCAGACUGUAACCAAGAAAAUAGUCCAGUCUCGUGGAAACAGCACGCUGGUGGGCGUCUUCACCAUCCUCCUCCUCUUCAUUUCCUCCUUUGCUAACAUGUUCACAUGCAGCAGAGAGCAGCUGGAGGACUGUGUGGAGAAGAAUCUGAACACGUCGGUGACUCUCUGCCUGCUGCACAACCUGACCGUGGCAGCAGAGGACGGUCUGACUCUGUGCUCCAGCCGGGUCGAGCCCUGCCAUUUCCCCGAGUAUUUCACCUACAGUGUGCUGCUGACCCUGCUGGCCUGCUCCGUGUUCCUCCACAUCAGCAGCAUAGGGAAGCUGGCUCUGAUGGUGCUCAUCCAGCUCACCUUCCUGCUGCUGGUGGAGUGGCCUCAGGUGGUCCUGUUCGACAAUGCAGACCUGCUGGUCAUCGCCAUCACUCUGCCUGGUUUCAAUGAAACUGCACAACCGUGCCCAGAGAACGUGACCAAGGUUUACCUAAAGGUCAUGACGCCUGUUAUCCUCACAGUGUUUGUUCUGGCUCUUUACCUGCACGGCCAGCAGGUGGAGUCCACCGCACGCCUCGACUUCCUCUGGAAGCUUCAGGCCACAGAGGAGAAGGAGGAGAUGGAGGAGCUGCAGGCGUAUAACCGGCGCCUCCUCCACAACAUCCUGCCCAAGGACGUAGCUGCCCACUUUCUUGCACGGGAGCGUCGGAAUGACGAGUUGUACUACCAGUCAUGUGAGUGCGUCGCUGUCAUGUUCGCCUCCAUCAGCAACUUCUCUGAGUUUUACGUGGAGCUGGAGGCGAACAACGAGGGAGUGGAGUGUCUCAGGCUGCUCAACGAGAUCAUCGCUGAUUUCGACGAGAUCAUUAGUGAGGAGAAGUUCCGUCAGCUGGAGAAAAUAAAGACAAUCGGCUCCACCUACAUGGCAGCUUCUGGCCUCAACGACUCCACCUACGACAGAGAGGGCCGCUCACACAUCCUGGCGCUGGCCGACUACGCCAUGAGGCUCCGGGAGCAGAUGAAGUACAUCAACGAGCACUCCUUCAACAACUUCCGGAUGAAGAUAGGGCUGAACAUGGGCCCGGUGGUCGCAGGAGUGAUCGGAGCCAGGAAGCCUCAGUACGACAUCUGGGGGAACACGGUGAACGUGGCCAGUCGGAUGGACAGCACCGGAGUACCGGACGGCAUCCAGGUGACCACGGACUUAUACCACGUGCUGGUCAACAACGGCUACCAGCUGGACUGUCGAGGUGUCGUCAAGGUGAAGGGGAAAGGGGAGAUGACCACUUACUUCCUCACCAGCGGACCCCCGCCCAGUUAACAACAGACACACAGACACACAGACACACAGACAGACAGACAGAGAGAGUGGUCCGGCUGGUGGAGAGCACCAGAACUCGGUGCGAACACACCGCGAGGACCGGAGACGUCCGGCGGAGACGAGCUGGACGUCUGUGCGUCGUCACGGAAACACACAGAGACAACGUGUUGCUCAUUUAAAGGCUUUUAUUUUGAAGCUGAAGAUCACAAAGCCCAGUUGCCUUAGGACGGAAGUGGCCAUGCUUGUGUUUAUGAGCAAUAUAGUACAAGUAUUUCAUCUGGAGUCAUUAUUUAUUUUCGUGCGGAUGGAUUUUUUUGUGACGACCUCGUAUAUAUAUAUUUAGACAAAAAAACUAUGUUACUUAAAAUUAAAAACACAUUAUGCAAGGACAAUGAUGAAGGAUGAAAAUGACCAAAGAACAAAUGUUUGAUAUGAAACACACACUCUGUUCAAAAGUACAGUAAGUAAUUUAUUCACUUUUGACAGCAAAAGGCCACGGUAAUGUCACUGUUAAUGUCCUUGAUAGAGGCGAACACCUUUUUUUUUUUUUCUUUUUUUUUUGUUGCAUAUUUUCUUUCAUGAAGGAGAAAAACAAACACACACACACAGAUGGAAAACACUCAAUAACCUUCUGCUUUGGACUUUUUGUGUUUCCUAUCAGGGCCUUCUUUGUUUCUUCUUGACUCGCCACAGUCUGGACACACACACACACACACACACACACACAGCUGUUUGUGGUUCACUGAAACGUACGAUUAUUGAUUAUUGAUUACUGAUUACUCGAUCCUUUCUGCAAUGUAGUAUUUUGGUUUAAAGAACCAAAAACAUGAAGUAAAGGAAGGAUUGCAGUUAGUGUCCCGGUACUGAAGAGAGAAACUGUUUUGACACAUUUUAUAUAAGUUUGUGUGAGUACCUGUGUGUGUGCGUGUGUGUGUGUGUGUGUGUGUGUGUGUGUGUGUGUGUGUGUGCAAAAAAAGGUGUUU